UUGGACAGCCGGCAUCACGGAGCUGGCCGUGCCUGGAGUUCUCGCAAAGCGCGCUGGGGGUCGGGCCCCCAUCGAUGUUCUUCCGCGCGGCCUCGGGAGGCUCCAGAACGAGGGGGCCUUUCACCGAAGGGCCGCCCGCGACGCCUCGCCGCCGCCGCCUUGAAAGGGGGGCCCUGUCGUUACUGCUGCUCCUCCACGAGGAGGCGAGGCCUGUGAGGAACUGGGCCUGAGGCGGCGAAGCGGGAGGGGGGGGGAGAGAGCGAAGCGGCCGGCCGGCCUUGGCGCGAGCGACUCCGCCGCUCCCCCCUCAGGCUUCUCCCCCGUCUGCCGCUUUGUUGUACUCGCCGCCUCAGCCUCGGGCGGGAAGGGAAGGGCAAGGCGGCUGCGCCUCCGCCUCCUGACGCUCAUGGCGACAGUGGGCACAUCCGGGCUUUUCUCCAUUCGGCGUCGUGAGGCGCGUCCAGCCCGACUCCAUUAGAGGCUCUCUCUCUUUCCCUUUCCCUCCCGCGCCGCCCCCGUCCCCGGCGGCAGGGAAGGAGGGUUACCGCCGGGCUCUCGGGAGGGAUUCCCGGGGGUCAUGUCCAACCAAGGGGCGAGGAGGAACGGGCCCGUCAAGCUGCGACUGACAGUUCUGUGUGCAAAAAACUUGGUGAAAAAAGAUUUUUUCCGGCUUCCUGAUCCAUUUGCUAAAGUGGUGGUUGACGGAUCUGGCCAGUGCCAUUCUACAGAUACUGUGAAGAAUACCCUUGAUCCAAAGUGGAAUCAGCAUUAUGACUUAUACAUUGGGAAGUCAGAUUCGAUAACGAUCAGUGUAUGGAACCACAAGAAAAUUCAUAAAAAACAGGGAGCUGGUUUUCUGGGCUGCGUAAGACUUCUUUCCAAUGCCAUAAACCGCCUUAAAGACACUGGUUAUCAGAGGUUGGAUCUGUGCAAACUUGGGCCAAAUGACAAUGAUACCGUUAGGGGACAGAUUGUAGUAAGUCUUCAAUCCAGAGACCGGAUAGGUACUGGAGGGCAAGUUGUAGACUGCAGUAGAUUAUUUGACAAUGAUCUACCUGAUGGUUGGGAAGAAAGGAGGACGGCCUCUGGAAGAAUUCAGUAUUUAAAUCAUAUUACACGAACAACACAGUGGGAGCGACCAACACGGCCAGCAUCGGAAUAUUCAAGUCCAGGUCGACCACUGAGCUGCUUUGUGGAUGAGAACACACCGCUUACGGGAAUAAACGGCGCAACAUGUGGACAGGCAUCAGAUCCCAGGCUAGCAGAGAGAAGAGUGAGGUCUCAGAGGCACAGGAAUUACAUGAGCAGGACCCAUCUACAUACGCCUCCAGAUUUACCGGAAGGAUAUGAGCAAAGGACAACUCAGCAAGGGCAGGUGUAUUUCCUGCAUACUCAGACUGGUGUAAGCACAUGGCAUGAUCCACGCGUACCGAGGGAUCUUAGCAACAUCAAUUGUGAAGAGCUUGGUCCUUUGCCUCCUGGAUGGGAGAUCCGGAAUACAGCAACAGGCAGAGUUUAUUUUGUUGACCAUAACAACAGAACAACGCAAUUCACAGAUCCACGGCUAUCGGCUAACUUGCACCUGGUUCUAAAUCGUCAGAACCAACUUAAGGAUCAACAACAGCAGCAGCAGCAGGUAGUAUCGCUUUGCCAGCUUCCAGAUGAGGCCGAGUGCCUGACUGUGCCCAGGUAUAAGCGGGACCUUGUGCAGAAACUCAAGAUUCUGAGACAGGAGCUAUCCCAGCAGCAGCCCCAAGCUGGACACUGCCGCAUAGAAGUCUCCAGGGAAGAAAUUUUUGAGGAGUCCUACAGACAAGUCAUGAAGAUGAGGCCCAAAGACCUGUGGAAGAGAUUAAUGAUAAAAUUUCGUGGGGAAGAAGGCCUUGACUAUGGAGGAGUUGCCAGGGAAUGGCUCUAUUUGCUCUCCCAUGAAAUGCUGAAUCCGUAUUAUGGCCUCUUCCAGUAUUCGCGUGAUGACAUCUAUACACUACAGAUAAACCCAGAUUCUGCUGUUAACCCGGAACACUUAUCCUACUUCCAUUUUGUUGGACGGAUCAUGGGGAUGGCUGUGUUUCACGGACAUUAUAUUGAUGGGGGCUUCACAUUGCCUUUUUACAAGCAGUUGCUAGGAAAGCCAAUUACGUUGGAUGACAUGGAAUUGGUUGACCCAGAUCUUCACAACAGCUUAGUAUGGAUACUUGAGAACGAUACUACCGGAGUCUUGGACCAUACAUUUUGUGUGGAACAUAAUGCGUACGGUGAAAUUAUACAACAUGAACUGAAACCUAAUGGCAAAAGCAUUCCUGUCACAGAGGAGAGUAAAAAGGAAUACGUCAGGCUUUAUGUAAACUGGCGAUUUUUACGAGGGAUUGAAGCUCAGUUUCUGGCUCUGCAGAAGGGAUUUAAUGAAGUAAUCCCACAACAUCUGCUGAAGACAUUUGAUGAGAAGGAGCUAGAGCUCAUCAUUUGUGGCCUUGGGAAGAUAGAUGUUAAUGACUGGAAGGCCAACACCAGGUUAAAACACUGCACGCCAGACAGCAACAUUGUGAAGUGGUUUUGGAAAGCCGUGGAGCUCUUUGAUGAAGAAAGGAGAGCCCGAUUACUGCAGUUUGUGACUGGGUCAUCCAGAGUACCUCUGCAGGGUUUCAAAGCAUUACAAGGUGCUGCUGGUCCAAGACUAUUCACAAUUCACCAGAUUGAUGCUAGCACAAAUAACCUGCCAAAAGCUCACACUUGCUUCAAUCGAAUAGACAUUCCUCCUUAUGAAAGCUAUGAGAAGCUCUAUGAAAAGCUGCUAACCGCCAUUGAAGAAACAUGUGGGUUUGCUGUGGAAUGAACAUUUGCAGACUUACCUGGGACUGUAUUUAUACUCCGUCAAGCAGAAAAUCCUCUCCUCAGCCAUGACACAGUUAAAUGCUUGAAAUAUAGGAAACUUCUUCCCCCCACUCCCUUUUCUACUUUAGGACGAUAUGAGGGAAAGGACAAUUUUUGGAGUUCUUCAUUCAAGAAAAUGUCCUGUGGCUCCUGCCAAGGAAUCAUUCAGCUGCUAUUAAAAACAAGUAUCUUGAAUAUACAGAAUGCUGACUUUUCCUUCCUUUCAACAGCAGUAUUCUUCUCUCAAAAAGACGACUACUAUUUUUGUAAAAGGUGAUCUGAUCUAUUUGCUUACCUGAUUUCUAUUCUCACAGGUCCAAGAUAUAGCUGUCGGUACAAGUCACGUUCCAGCCUACUUAAGUAAACAUGUGAUACUGAACAGCAUCUAUACCUGCUAUUUUUUUAAAUAAAAUAUUUUGAUUAUUCUAA